ACAGAAAGGAGAUUUGAACGAGAGAUAGAAGAGAUGACCGAAGAAGGAGAAAUGUGGGAAGAAGCGAGAGUUGACCUUUUCUGGGACUUCCGUGUGAACCACAUGUAUAAAGGUGAAGGGAGAACGAUCAUCUUCCCGGCAGGACUUGGUACACCUGUCUACGAAUCACUUGAAGUGUACUACAACGCGUUAAAAGAGGGAAACGAAAAAGCAUUCGAAAAAUAUUGGAAUAAAUUUGAAGAGGAAAUCCCCAGAUUUGAUGUAAAAGAGAUGCGAGAAUUACAGGUUACCCGGAAAAGAAGGUUACCGGGAUUAAUGCAAAAGAAAAAGGUGACCUUUGCACCAGAUCCAGAUGGAGUGGACUACCCAGAACGAGGUGGCGACACGUGGUGUAUGUAUGAAACGAUUCCAAAUGAUGAAUGGGUUACCGAAGAAUUGAUGGCAAACUGCAUCUUUGUUGGUCCCAAACGACCUAAAAGUUACGAAACAGUCCAACAGAAUGAAGCUGACAAGGGACCCGUAAAAGAAGCGGAAAAAGAGGAACCAGUUGAAGAGAUAGUCGAAGGAGGAUCGAACGAAACGGAAGAAAGUUCAAAGUCGGCUUUCGACAUCGCACGGAUGUUAACGGACAGAGGAGAAAUGUGGAAGAAGUUCAAAGAAGAAGUUGAGAGGAUAUCGAAUGAACAACAAAACCCAGUAACGGAGGCAAAAAACGGGGAAAGGUCACUCGAUAACGGUGAGGAAUGUCCGCCGGUCGAGUUGACCGAAAAGCCGUUAACGAGCCCCGAAGAAAUAAAUGAACUGGAAAAGUCAAAAUCGGACGAAGAGAGGUCAAACUCCGAUCAAUCAGAAAGGUCACCAACGAGAAUUCGGGUAGCAAGGAGUCACCCAAGAGUCGCCGCACGAAAUGGGCGAAAGGCAAAAGAAGGGGACAAACCUCUGCUCAAAAAUUCGAAAGCGAAAAAACUUAGCGAUUCGCGGGAAAACGAAAAUGACCUUUCAUCAGAAGACGAAGGAGUUGAUGAGCGCCCAAUUGAAAAAGUUGACAAAGGUCAAGUUACUGCACAAGAAUAUGAGAGCAGUAACUCCGACUCCGAGUGGACGAGUUCAAGUGAUAACUCAACGACUUCGGAAGAUUCACGUGUAAGUGACCUUUCAGAACAAGAAGAUUUAAUGGACUUGGAUGAAGAUGACGAAGUAGAUGAGGAAAAAGAAAAGGAUAUUAAAGUCAGAAGAUUGAAAGUGGAAAAGGCUAGGAUGUCGAAAGACGUGAUCAAAGUCCUCAGUGACCAAAGAAUCAAAUUGAAACCGUCCAAUUGCACGCGCGUAAAGGUCAAGAUGGGAAAAUACGCACCGGCCCAAAACAAGUUGAUGUUUACACCGGUCCCACAAGUGGAAACGGAAGUGCAACCAUUGGCAGGAGUAACGGACCACAGAGGAAAGUACUUUGAAAUCGUCAUUGCGAAUCAUAGUAGCAAAUACCGGAUCGUGAAGAAAAAUCAGCUUCUCGGCUAUGUUGAGCCGUAUGAACAUAUGGAGAAUGUAAAGGUCAACGCUGGCACAGUGAAGAAUAUGCUCGAUGAUCCUGAGGUGGACGAUACAACGAAAGCCGAGUUGAAAAAGAUAAUCGAAAACUUGAAAUUGGGACCUGAUCUUACCCAAGAACAAAAGAACGACGUGUACAACGCGUUCUGGGAAUUCUGGAAGGUCCUACCGACAUCAAAGAAACCGUACGGAGAUGUUAAAGGGGUCACUCACGUAAUUGAUACGGGAGAUGCGAAGCCAGUUAAAUGUAACCCGGCCAGAACGAGUUGGACAGGCCGCGAGUUUAUAACGAAACAUAUCGAAGAGAUGUUGGCACAAGAUGUAAUUGAACCGUCAGACGCCGAGUGGAGUUUCCCAGUCGUAUUGGCAGUAAAGAAAAAUGGCGACGGAACAAUGGGAACAAGAUUUUGCGUCAAUUACAUCAUGCUUAACAAGCUAACGAGAAAGAAUAAUUACCCGCUACCAAAUCCGAAUGAGUUGCUCGACGCGUGCGCAGGCAACAAAUAUUACGGAAAAAUGGAUUUACAAAGUGGAUUUUGGCAGAUCCCAAUGGAUCCAGCGUCAAUCAACAAGACGACCUUUGUUACGCAAGAUGGAAUGUACCGAUUUAAAAGAAUGCCAUUUGGCGUAUGCAACGGACCAGCAACAUUUCAAUUGUAUAUGGAUAAAGUACUCUCGAAAGCGAAAAGAAAAGGAUGCGUUUUCGGGUACAUUGAUGACGUUAUUUUCGCUGGAAAAACUUGGGAAAUUUUCAUGCAGAAUUUGAGAAAUGUCCUGAUGAGCCUAGUUGAAGCGGGAUUUACGAUUAAGCCAACGAAAUGCGAAUUCGGAAUGAGACAAAUGGGAUUCCUGGGUCACAUACUCAGCGAAGUUGGAAUCAGAAUGGACCCGGAAAAGGUCACCGCGGUCUCCGAGUUCAAACGGCCUCAGACUGAAAGACAAUUAAGGUCAUUCCUUGGACUGGCGAACUAUUACCGCAAAUUCAUAAUGGGAUAUGCACAGAAGACUUCCCACUUAUAUGAACUGCUGAGACAAGAUAAGCACGUGAAAGAGGACUGGACAGCAGUUUAUGAGGAAGAGUUCAAUAGCUUGAAAAAGUUGUUGUGUGAAGGUCCAGUAUUGGCAAAGUUUGACCCCGCAAAACCGACCGUCAUUAAAUGCGACGCGAGCAAAGAAGGAAUCGGAGCCGUACUGUCACAAGAUGGACAUACGAUCGCGUACGCCAGUCGUGUCCUACAUGGAGCGGAGAAAAAUUACGGUGUAACGGAAUGGGAAUGUCUGGCAGUAGUGUUCGCUGUCAGGAAAUUUAAGCCGUAUAUCGAUUACGCAGAAUUCACCGUAAGGACGGAUCAUCAGGCGCUGACCAAUUUGCUAAGGUCAGAGACGAAUAAAGUCGGAAUGAACCCGCGCUUGACAAGAUGGGCAAUGGCAUUACAAGGUCAUCAAUUUAAAAUCGAAUACAAACCAGGAAAAUAUUGUGACAACGCAGACGCGUUAUCAAGAGCACCAAUUGAAGGUCCGACGUGUCAGGAGGAGGAAUUUGAUGAGAUCCCAAACUUCGAGGAUUAUAAGAAGGAAUUUGACACGAAAGAACCAGCAAUCGAAAUCGGACAGCUGUUCCUGCAGAUGGUGGAACAGAGAGAGAAGCGGUUGAAGGUCACUUCAGCUACGGCGAAUGAGUCGGCUGAAAACGAAGCAAAAGUGAACCGGGUGAAAAGUUGGUUGCCCACCGUCAGUGACUUAAAGGUCACCGGACUUGACACGGAAUCUAAAAUGCAGAAUGGAAAGGUCACUGGACUCGAUGAAACAGCGGAGAAUAGAGAUGACCUUUGGGAAACGGACAAAGUUACACAAGCGUUAAACGAGUGUCCGAUUAAGUUGCUGAGAUUCCCAAAACAGAUGAAAAAAAGGUUUAAACCGUUACCACGUUGCAAGGUCAUCAAAGACUGGAAUGAACUCAGUACGGCGACAGUCCGCAUUGUUAACCUGCAAGGUGACGAAGAAGAAGAGGAUGAUUCGAAUCUGCAGCUACGGAAUAAACAACUGAAGGAUCCUCAUCUGGCGAUGAUUAUAGACGAAUUGGAACAUCUACCAGACGCGGAAACAAGAUCGAAAUUCGAAGUACAUUACCAGUUGUGGAACGGCAUAUUGUACCGAGUAAAAGAUAAGAAUGGGAAACUUGAAAGGUCAUAUGUCGUACCGUUGUCAAUGCGAAGAGCGAUUAUCCACGCAUUGCACGACGAGAAAGCGGCAGGACAUCUGGGAUUCGAAAAGACAUUAUCUGCAAUCCGACUACGAUAUUACUGGGACAGAAUGAGCACCGAUGUGAAGAAUUACAUUCUUGCGUGCAAUGGUUGCCAGUUCCGCAAAACACCGAGGAAAUGCCCACCCGGUAAAUUGCAAGAGAUAAAGGUCGGACAUCCGUUCUUCCGAGUGUACGCUGAUCUGAAAGGACCGCUGUUACCGACGAAGAAACGUGGAUACAAGUACAUAGCGGUAUUUAUCGACCAACUGACGAAAUACGUGAUCGCGGUACCGAUGAAAACAGCAACGGCUAAAGAAUUCGCUAAAGUGUUCGUGAAGCACGUGAUAUUGGUACACGGAGCACCGCACAUCCUACAUACGGAUCGCGGACGACACUUUACAGCGGAAGUAUUGGCAAAGGUCACCAAUGUGUUUAAGAUUAAACACACAUUCGGAACGGCAUAUCACCCAGAAGGUCAAGGCCAAGUUGAAAGGCAGAUGCAGACGAUUGCGGAUGGCUUGGCACAAUAUCUGAAGGCGGGAAAUGAGCGAAAAUUUAACAAGUAUCUCCCAUAUGUUAUUUCGGCGAUGAACAGAGUCGUGCACGCUACAACGGGAUAUUCAGCAUAUUAUAUGCUAAACGGCAGAGAAAUGACAAUGCCGGAAGAUGUGGUUACGAGAACGAAUAUACCCGAUGAUUAUGGAACUCCAGACGAAUGGGUUGAGACCAUGAAAAAGAACUUGACCUUUGCUGAAGAAGUGGCGAGAUGUAACAUUAAAGAUGCUUAUGAGAAGAAUGCGGAAAUUUACAAUAAGAAGAAGUCGGAACCGAACUUCAAAGUGGGAGAUUUCGUACUGAUACGAUUACCAAAGGACACGAAACAAGGGAAGAAAGAAAACCAGUCGGACUUUAAGUCGAAAUACGAUAAAGUGUGGAAGAUUCUGAGUUUCCCGCGAACAAACGAAGCUGAGGUCAUUGAGCAGAACCCUAAGAAGGAAGCAGACUUAAAGGUGGUCUCGAUCGACCGAUUAAAGCUGUGGCAUCCGCCAUUACCUGAGGAGAAAGAUUCGCAAAAAGUAUCAGAGCGUACCUCGAAUUUUUUCGAACCACCUCUGCUACCUGAAGUAGAACAAGGAACAGAGCGUACUCAAAAAGACUCGGCAGAAUCUUUUUUCGAACCACCUCUGCUUCCCGAAACGGAGAAAGCUAACGGAAAAGAAAAUGAAUCAGAGCGUAGUCCGAAAAAUGCUCAGUCACACAACAAAAGCCAUUUUUCGAACCACGCACUCUGCUACCUGAUAUGAGUGGAGAUAAACCGAGGAAGAAGAGAGGAAGACCCAGGAAAGAAGACAAAGAUUUCGAGACAGCAGUUACAAAAAAGUUGAACGCAGAAGCUGGAAAUUUGGCAGAAAGGUCACCAGCCACCGGAGAAGAAAUCGAAGUAGCAGAACGCGCUUCGCAAAAGGAUUUUGAACCUAAUCAAAAGCCUUUUUUCGAACCACGCACUGCUACCGGAGAUAAGAAUGACCUUUCGAAAGGGCGAACUGGCGCUGAGAUAUCAGAGUGCGAUUCGAAUUCUUUCGAACCACGCACUGCUACCGGCAAUGAGAACGACCUCAUAAGAAAGAGAAAAGAGGAAAUAGAGGCGGUCAAAUCAAAAGCUGAACAAUUGGGCCGCGAUAUAGCGAAAGCAAUUAAUGAGCGAAAGGUCAAGGAGAACAAGAAGAAACCAACUCCUACGGAACUGCUAACCCAAAAGGCGAACCUGUGGACGCAGCCGAGCAAGACCUUCUUGAUCGGAUAACUAAAGGACGCGAAAACAAAUAACCCACACAAAUACGACUAAGGAGAUUUAUGACAAUAAAAAUAGGAGUUGGGAAGGUGUAAAUGAAAGGUCAUCACCGCGCAAAAAGUUAGUCAAAAUUGUUUCAUUGUUAAAGAAGGUAAGCUCAGUUUAUGGACAGAUUGGAACGACAGAAUUCAGAUAAUUCCGAUUCGGAAAGUAUUGGAAACCCACUAAAAACAUCGACACCAAUAAGAAUGGAAGGGGAAUACGGUUACGACACCUCAUACGGGGAAGGAUCGACGUCGUCAGCGGGAACGGCUCAGAAUGAACCCGGAACAGUUCAAGGCGGUUACUACGGCGGCCAGGGGUAUUACGUGUAUCACGAUCCAGGACAACAGAUGAAUUACCAGGACACGGUUAGCUGGGUGCACCACGGCUCACCUGCCGGAACCCAGUAUUCGGGACAAGCAACGGGCGCCCCCUACCAACCGUACCCGGGAUCGUAUACCCCACCGGCGGGACCCUCACAGGUGAUAAUGGGACCGGCAAGAAUGUUGAUGCCGCCACCGCAACAGACUACACCGAGUCGAUUUACGGGACAGGGAGGAUUCGGCGGAAUGAUGGUAACUCCAGCGCGAUCACAAAGGUCAUCCCCGAUAUUACUGCCUUUUCCGGAGACGGGAGGCUUGUCACUGUCGGACAUCGGAGCGCCUCGCAUGAGAACACCGCAGCAACUGGGAGCGCAGCGUCCUCAUCGUAAUUCGCCACACAGAGGAGGAAGGCGACCGAGAGGCAUUCUACCAUCACUGGGUCCCAACCUGGAUUAGACUGGACCAGAUGGAUUACGACUUACGCCCCCAGGCGAACCCUCAAUACAUGAAUACGCACCGAAACUCCGUUUGGAUUUGAGAGACGAUGACCCGAACUUGAAUUUAAUAGUGGAUAAGAAGGAAAAACUGACGGAAACCGACUUAGAAGCCAUUCGCGACUUCAAUCGGAAAUGCCGUGACCUUUAUAGAAUCCACAUGCGAGUUGAAGACGAACACGCAUGGUAUGGGAAGUUAAUCAGCCUGGAAGCUGUUAUCAAACCAUGCCACAUUGCCAUGAAAGAUAAAACGAAACAGGUUGAAGCAAAGCGCAAGGAAUACGCAAUACAAGUUGCAUCGAUGGUGCAAUAUCAUCCGACGAUAAAAGGUAGAAGGUGGCCGGAGACUGUCGAAAAGAUCCUUAGAUAUCUCAAGGUGUUCCCAGAAACAAGACCGACUACCAGCGUCGCGGGACCAUCCAAAACAAUAGCUGAAAAGGACGCCCCGGUCGAUGAAAUGACGGACGAGGACCUGUUGGCAACAAAGAAGAAAAUCGAUGCUGAAUUAACUGAACGAGCAGAAAGGUCACGGGCCAGCUCGACCGCAGGAUUAGUACGUGGACGCACUAGUUCGGUUACAGAACCAUCUAGCGGAGCCACGAAGAGUGGAAAAAGAGUAAGGUCACCAACGAUAAGCCCAAAAGAUACUGACAAGAAAGGGCAGCGAACGAAGAAGGCCACGUCAGGUAAAGCAACACCAGCUGAGCCGGCAAAGCCACAAGGCCCAGUCCCAGUGUUUAGUGGAUUUGAGUCUAUUGGAUGUGCCGCUGGAUACGACUGAUCCAAUUGGGAUGACACAAUUUUAUUACACAGAUUAUCCCGAACGACAAGAAUAUGUGGCUUAGUACGUUUUACGACAUGUGAACCCAGCCUUCAAGUUGCUUGCAGCAAGAGCAUCGAUAGGACUACAGGUGGAUCCUAAGGACUAUGCCGCAAAAAGGAUGGGGCAAAAGGUCUUUGCCGCGAGACUGGCACAUUACAAGACACAGAAUCAAUUGGUGUCUAAUACUAUGAAGGACGACAUUCCACCGUUCUUCCGAGCUCAUGUCGCUAAAUUGGGACAACCGAUGGAACAUAUCAGCAUAGCGCACACAGCUCGAAAGGCGCUGAAAAAGUGUACGACACGAAUGGAAAAGGCAACUUGAUACAGCGCCAUGCCUCCCAAGUCGAAGAAAGGGUCAACAAGAUCAAAGAUUCCCUGGGAAGUGACUACGUCGAACCAGUGGACGGAGUUGAAACGUACAUCGACGAAUUCCUGGUGAAGAAAAGCGACCGGCGCCCGGAACGCGCUCCUAACCAGAUGGGACGACGUGGUAUACGGAACCAGCAGCUUCGGGAUAAUCUCGCUGAUGUGCAACGUCGAUUGGCCAAUGACCCUAAUAACCGGAAAUUACGACUGGAAGAAAAUGACGCACGUCAUCGACUUGAGGCGGUCAAGCGGAGCCGUCAAGGAAAAAGUCGUGGCCAGCGAGAAGUUGACCCGUCAAAGGUCAUGGAAGUUGAUUCAACUGAACCAAUCGACCGGACAUCUGACCGUAAUCAACCCGAAAGCGCUAAGAAGCGUCCGCCAAGAGAUGGCGAGGGCGAUUCAAAUGAAAUGGAAUAGUGUUGAUCGUUAGGAUCACACUAUUGAAAGGACGUCUACGGCAUUUUGUCGCAUUUAUAGCACAGAAUUGCCUAAAGAAAUCAUGUGGAAUACUAUUGGGGUUGAAAUUGAUUCGGUCUAUAAAGCCGGCCCCAAGGGAGUUGCUACGGCAGUUAGCCGGCCCUCCUCUCUAAGCGACUCAGUGUUAUAAAUGCACAAGAGAAACUACGGUAAUCAAGCCGAAUCUCUUGGAGACGAAAGUGGGCCACAAGCGGCGAAAAAGAGAAAGACAACAGGUGGAAUUUGAUGAGGUUAACUUAAUGCGGCAACCAGCCGGCCUCAUUAGAGUUGUUACGGUAAACUGUGCCGGCACUCUUUUUAAGCGAUUCAGUGUCAAAAUUAAAACGAGAAAAACUACGGUAACCAAGCCGGAUUUCUCGUAGUAAUGUUAGCCACAAGCGGCGAACAAGAGUAAAGAUUAAAUGUGGAAAUUUCAUGGGGUAAACUCAAUGCGGUAACUAGCCGGCCCCAUCAGAGAUGCUUCGGUAAACUCGCCGGCACUCUGGCCGCUCGAGGCAUACUGAAGUUGGAUGUGCGACGGAAAGGUCAAACUGCAAGUUUUACCAGGGAGGCAAGCGAAGAAGUGCUUGAAGGCCGCAGAAAAUUGGCUAAGUUCCUCCAUGACCUAUAAUGGAAAUUUGAAGAGAAGUCGGAUGACCCUUGGGACCAUUACCGCCCAAGAGAGUCAUCGUAUCGGAAUUCAAGUCGCAUGACCUUUGGGACCAUUAACCCAAAAUGAGUCGCACAUCUCAACUGAUCAUCUCAAUAAAGGAUGACCUUUACCAGGGAGGAAGCGAACUACGCUUGUCUACAUGACGUCCCUCCAUGACCUUUAUGGAUCUUAUUUUGAAGUCGUACAAUUGAUACGCACCUUAGUCCAAAGAUGAAGCAGUAUUCCUAAGUCGUACUUGAUACGCACCUGAUUCUCAAGCGGAUUGUGAUGAAGUCGCAUUACGGAUGCGCAGGCUUGCUCAACGGAGCGGAAUGGAUUAAAAGUGCGGAAAACGGUGGACAGGAUAUGUGACCUUUUCGAGUCAGAAAUGGAGGAUCCUAGUCUACAAUUUGAUUAAUGCUUUUGUUGAUCUGUUACUGUUGAUCUGUUCCUAAUGAUUUGAUAGUAUUUUUAUAAUGGGAUCUCUUUAUUCCACAUUGUAUUAAAUGGAAUUGUGCCUUUACGGAAUUGAUGUGAUAAAAUGGAUUAAGAGGAUUUGAUGUUUUUGAGCACGCACAGACACUGGCGACCGUCGUCUUCUCGUGGAUUCGGGAGUGUGUCCAGCCUCACAGGAGCUCGGCAUCCCCCCAGAGGCAUGUGAGACCAGGAUCACUAGCGUUCACGUCAGUGGCGCUACGCCUGUGGCGCUACGCCUUAGGAUUACGUGUCUGUGUUGUGUCUCUUCUGAUUGGCUUGAGUUGUGUUAGUGGGCGCGGCAUAGCACGUGCUGCACAGUGUUACACACUGUUGAAUGGGCUCCACGCUUUACGAUCGAGCUGCGCCGAUCAGUGUUGAUUUUCU